AUGUGGAAUCCUUUGUCAUGGGUUAUGGAGUGUGCUGCCAUCAUGGCCAUUGCUUUGGCAAAUGGAGGGGGUGAGCCACCAGAUUGGCAAGAUUUUGUUGGUAUAAUGACAUUGCUUGUCAUUAACUCUACUAUAAGCUUUGUAGAAGAAAACAAUGCAGGAAAUGCCGCUGCAGCGCUAAUGGCAGGUCUUGCCCCGAAGACCAAGGUGCUGAGAGAUGGAAGAUGGGCUGAGCAGGAAGCAGCGAUUCUUGUACCAGGGGAUGUAAUCAGCAUCAAGUUGGGAGACAUCGUACCAGCAGACGCUCGUCUCUUGGAAGGAGAUCCGCUGAAGAUUGAUCAAUCUGCCCUCACAGGAGAAUCAUUGCCCGUAACGAAGAACCCAGGUGAUGAAGUUUUUUCAGGCUCAACCUGCAAACAAGGAGAAAUCGAGGCAGUGGUUAUUGCCACUGGAGUCCAUACCUUCUUUGGGAAAGCUGCUCACCUUGUUGACAGCACAAACCAAGUUGGGCACUUCCAAAAGGUCACCCAUGGACGGUAA